AGCAAAGUCGGGAAAGCGGCGGGAAGGGAGUGGAGGCCACACGGCACCAUGCACCAGCAGUGCCAUCAUCACUCGCUGUCUGGUGUUGGAGAUCUCCGCAGCAGCGUCCCUCACCUCUCCUUCUCCUCUCCCCUGCGGUCACCCACAGUCACAAUGACUAUCGGCCGCUCGACAGCCUGAGGACAAAUCGACACCGACACCUUUGGGAGCUUCAUAACACAUGGCGGAUACCGACCUUCCCGCUGAUCAGAGUCCGAGCGGUCCUCCCGCUGAUCUCAUGGUGACGGUGACGUACCAGAAGGAGUCCUUUCGCGUGCCUGUUGACCCCAAUGGUGCGUGCGACCAGCUGUUCCAAAUCAUGGCAAUGGCCCAAUGGUGCGUGGUGGGUGUGCUUCAUGAGAAGCAGCAUGCGGAUUUCACCCUCCAUGGCAUUAAGCCCGCACCCAAGGGCGUCGCUAACGUCACGGUAUCCACCAUAAAUCCACGUUUCAGGGGGUGUCAGCGGCGUUCGUGUGUGUGUUUGUGUGUGGCUGUGUGUGUGUAGGUGACGUUCUCAAUCGACGGGAGCGCCAUCGUCACCGUCUCGGCCGAGGACAGGGGCACGGGCAACCGCGAGAGCGUCAGAAUGCCAUCUCCCGUCGGCACAGAACCCGCCGUCCAUGUCACAGUCAGCCGAACACACACAGAGAUCUGCACACACGGAUGGGCAUACAAGCAACAAACGAAUGGCUCACUGGCUGGCUGUGCGUGCAGGUGAUAUGGCAGGCUGAAAAGAAGCAGAUCUCUUGGCACAUAGCAUCACGGUGGGAGAGGGAGGCCCGACACGCACGUCUUAAAAUGGCAUGGAGGACGUUUCUCGCGUGUGUGUGUGCGUCUGUGUGUGGCGCUGCGUAUGCAGGAGUGAGUGGCUGACGCGAGCAUGGCACAAGGAUUUUGGCGCGGAGCCAAACACAUACAGGUAUGAAAGUGACAGGCCACCAUGCACUCAGAGACCAUUGGCCGUUGACAGGUUCUACUACCGUGGUGAGCCCGUGUAUGACGACGACACGGCGAGCAGCCUCGGCAUAGAGGAUGGCGACGUCAUCGAGGCCACACGGGAAGACCGACCCACAGGUGCGCAUGGACAGAAAGAUAAACAGAUGGAUGCAUUGCUCGGACUGCUCUUUUCUCCUCUCGUCUGUUCUUUUUGUUUUUGCCUGCAGUGCAUCGCCCUUAGAACUAGUAUUGGCGACAAGAAGUGCUGUCCACACAGACAGCCAGCCAUCGAGCUUUCCAAUCGUAGACAGCCGCAGGAGCCUUCCGGCUGGUUGCGCGACACAAUCAAGGGGCCCGCAGCCGUUUGUUUAUGAGUCUACUUAGCUGUACAGCCGUUUGUGUCUGCGUGUGUGAGCGUUUUUCUGUCAUUUAUCGAUGAAUAGAUAUUUAUCGAGUAGAGUAGUGGCUCGCUGACUUGACUGUGAAAAGGCAGGCGUCCGGGUGCAGAUCAUAUCUAGGGCGUGUGUGUGUGUGUGUAUGUGGUGUAUUUGUCGUCUGUCUGUCUGUCUGUCUAUUGCGCACAUGUGUGCAGGCGAUGGACAGACAGACACGGCCAGUCUGUCCAGAGAGAGAGAUUGUUUGUAUCCAUAUAUCUGUCACGGUCUUGCACUACACUCGUGCGCACACUCACGCGCGCACGCACACACACACACACACAUACAUACGGCAUACACCCGACGCUGUUCUUCAAAUGCACGACAAACGAACGAGUGGCAGACAGACAGCCAGAGAGAGAAGAGCAUGUACAACGGUCAGACAAGCACGACACCCGGCCAUCGCCUGGCUACUUGAG